AUGCAGUUUAAACUCUCUCUCCUGGCUCUUUGGGCCACAAUCUUCUCAGGCGUCCUGGCUAAUUUCGACGUUUAUCGCGUUGAGUUUCGAAACGCCAGAGGUACUGACAUUGGCUGGCAAUUUUUUGAACAGCACAGCAACUGUGACGAGGCACUCGAUGCUUGGUCCUUCCCACAGUCUGAUGAUGUCAGUGGAAACAAAAUCGGGGUGCGCUGCAAAGGUAGCGGCUGCGGCGAAAGGCCGCCUCCCGGAGACAUUGAGCAACUGGAGAUGCACUUCAGCAACAAUCCCCUGUGGCAUUUUAGUCUAUCUACAAAAACAGGAACUAUGAGAUGA